CCUGCCCGGCUGCCGAGGGGGCAGGUGGACGUCCGCAGGCCCCCGCCCGCUUUGCCGGCCCCCUGCGCCCUCCUGUGAUCGCGGCGCUCGUGGUGACAUGCCGGCUCUUGGGGACCUCGGGGGCUGGACCGGUGGUGGGGCUGACAGUGUCUUGCAGGAGAAGACCUUGGUCCCAAGCAGGAUGCCCGUCAGCCUCGCACACCCCUCCUCACAGGCGGCCCGAGCGGGAGGCAGGCGGACGCUUCUCCCAGGGGCUGAGUUGAGCCCGCGGCCAGGCGGAAGCCGGCGUUGUCUCCGGGAGGCCGGCCACCGGGGAGACACCUUAAAUCAUUUCAAAGCUGCCACCGAUGCCCUUGGUUGGGGUUUGGCUACUGAAAUCCAGAAACGCUCUGAAGGCCACUCCAAGACCAGCUGCAGCCAGCCUCUCCCCUGGACGGGGAUGCCAGAGGGUCCCAGGGCUGUCCUCGCCUCUCCCCCACACACAUGCUUGUGCACACGCAAGCCACACUCCCCCGCGCACACACUGUCUGCACCCACACUCCCACACGCCUGCACACGCGAGCUCGCACACACAGGAAGGCAGCUUCCCAGCUGUCCCCCAGUGUCCCCACCCGAGCGGAAGCCCAGGCCUGGGGUGGCAUCUGGGUCCUGAGGCAGCCGCAGCCCCACCUGGAGUCCAGGCUCCAGCCAAGCGGCUGUGGGAGCGGGGGUGGCGAACAGGUGGGGGCUCUCACCGCCGCCCCCCUGCCCGGAUGACAGGUGCUCGGUGCCAUGUGGGGUCUCCAAGCCACCGCCAGGCCAGAGCUCUCGCCCUCGCUGGCCAGGGCUUCCGGAACUCGGGGCCGGCCCCCGCUGACGGUUGGGGCAGCUGGUGUGUGCCGUGGGCAGGGGUGCGGCAGGGUCGGGCUGGGGCUCCCAUCUCCACGCUCCCCUCCUGAGGCCCCGGCCUCCCAGGCCCGCUCACAGGGGCUGGACGCGAGGCCCCUGCCGUGUGCGCUGCCCUCAUUCCAACCCCGGCUCGGGCUCUGGGCACCGCCCUGCCCCUUGGCUCUGGGACCCAGCCUGGGGCUCCCCGCAGACAGCCUCCCCAGGGCAGGAGGGCGCCCUCCACCCCCCGACCUCCAGGUUCCCCGACCUCAUAAGCACUGGCUGAUAACAGAUCCAUAACAGAUCGAUUAUGGAUCAAUAUGCAAGGAAGCAGCAGCACUCCUGGCCAGGGUACCCACGGCCCUUCUGGAUGCUGACCCCGAGCCCCAGCCCCACUGCCCCCGAGCCCCGCAUGGCCCCCAGGACACCCCCCACUCCCUGCUGCCUGUGGGGACAGAGGGGAGGCGGCUGCUCUGCCCGUGGUGAGCCUUGUGUCGCAGCCCCACACCCCGACACUGGCCUGGAGACCCGCCUGCUUGGGGUGACCCACCCAAGGGUCCUCUCAGGCAAAGCUGGCUUGUCCCUGGGCCGCCGCGGGCACGUCGUCCCCCCACACCUGAGGAUGCGGCGCUCGCUGGCGGUGCUCCCAGAGGAAGGCAGCGUGGCUCCAGGUGCUCACAGAGACCCGGCUGGAGAGAGCCCUGGGAGACGGCCCAUGUCCGGCUGCUCCAGCCACCAGCCAGGAAGUCCCAAGGGGGUGGCCUGCCACCAGCUGGAACCUCUGGUCCCGGCUGGGGGUGCUCACGGGGCAGCGAGACAGAGGAGGGAGGUCGGCUGCUCGGGACACCCUCCCGGGCUCGGGGGAUCACGCCUCCUUCAAGGUCAGGCCCCUGUAAUGUUGCCAGGGGACCGCGCUGGCCGAACGGUCAGGCCCAGAACGAUUGCCGCUCUCAAGGGAACCAGCAAGAGAGGGUUCCUGCCCGCGCAGUGCUCGUCCACAGGGCGCGGGGCACCCACGGCAGCGGCGGGGCCACAGGCGGGAACCGCAGGCCUCCGAGCAGGGAAAGAGUCAAGUCAAGUCACCUCCUCACGCAGGGGUCAUGCUCACAGGUCACACGCACACGCAUGCACACCAGAACAGAUGAGUGAAUUCUGCAAAGCGGAGGAAUGAAAAUCCACACGCAGAGCCCAGCCGCGCUCCCGCACACACAGCGACCGGUGUGACCAGGAGCGUGAGGAACGACCCCGCCACAGACGGAAUCACCCGACGGACCCGCCAGGAGGCCCAGCGCUCGCUCGCUGAAACCCGCUGAGGGGUAAACUCGCAUUCGCAUGGCCAGGCCCGGGAGCGCAGACGGCGGUCGCACGUGGACGUGUCCAUGCACGAACAAGAUGUCCCAGACACCCGCGCCCCAGUCCGUCCGGGCAGCCGGCACAAACACACCACAGUUCGGCCGGCCUGUCACCGCGCCCAGAUGCGGUGUCCGGCUGCCGAGGCCCCUCCCCCGCAGAACACCAACACGGUGGGGUGAGGAGGUGGCGAGAAGCGAGGAGCACCGACCGCCAGCCUGCAGCGGCGGACGGGGGAGCAGUACGCGACCUUAGGAAGGAAGGUCGUUCCGACCCCGCCCCCGUGGAUGCACCUUGGGGACGUCGUGCUCAGGGACACCAGCCAGACACAGGCAGACCAGCACCAUGCGCUGUGUGCACGACAGAGUGGGCCCGAGGAGUCAGGAGCGCUCCAGGCCUUGCAGCCUGAGCAGGAAUGAGGGACAGCCCUGCCGGCCUGCUGCCUGUGCUCGUCCUGGCCCGCUGUACCGUCACACGUCACGUGGCUCGCUGGUGUGGCACCGUGGCCUUGGCCGCCUCGGCGGGGCCUCCCUGGUCGUGGAGGGGCUGAGCCUGAUGAGACACUGCUAGGUCCCCGAGCCCCCGUCGGCUGCUGGGACGGCCUGCAGCCCCAGAGCCGCGUCUCAGGCAGAGCCUCAGAAGUGAGACAGGGCUCCCCGGACAAGGGCAGCCUGGAGCGGGAGAGGAACUUUCUGGAACACGGGUCGACAGGCAGGGAUAGGUCCACCCCUGGGAGCAGCUGGGCCUCCCUGUCCCCCACCCUGGCUCCCGGGGCCGGGCGGGGGGGCAGAGGAGAGCCGGCUGGGGCUCUACUCCCCGUGCCCCUGCUCUCCCCUAGGGGGCCGGCACGGUCCUCCCCGGAGCGGCUCACGUCCCAUCAUCCUGUGGUCACUCAGACUCACAGACUGGACUCUCAGCUGCUAUUGGGAAGUCACCCUCGGGAUCACUGGGUCACUUGGACGUCGAGAAUUUGUAUCUGCUGCUGUCGGUGUGACUGAGGACUCUGCUCGUGGGGACAGUGCCAUACAGAAGUCACGGAGAGCUCAAGCCGCUGGGUGUGCCCCCGUGUGUGAGGGGCGCCCGGUCACGAGAGUCCUGGGCGGCAGGGAAGGCCCCUGGGAGGGAGGGGGAGCCCAGCUGCGACCCCAGCACCCUCAGCUCCAGCCACAGGCCUGGGUGGGACCGAAGGCCGUGUCUCUAAAAGGACACAGGAGGGGACUCGGGGCAAGCGGCCGGCCGCCUGCCGAGGGCCUGGGGGGACCGGCCACAAGCCCGGGGGGGCUGCCUUCUAAACACGAGCGGCUUUUCCUGGUGGCCACGUGCUCACCCUGUGGUCCCUGUGCCCACAGAGCUCAAGGGGCAGCUGUAGGCAUGACCAGGCUGGGGGGGGGUACAGUGAGGCCAGAAGGCAGGGGAGGGGGACAGAUGCCACCUGCUCGGACGGAUGCACCUGCCUGGACAGGCGGCCCAGCGUCCUCAGCAGCCCGCGACCCUGCCGUCCCCAGAGCUCAGCCCUCUCCCCUUCCCACCCCGGCUACACUCACACACACACCUGCCCCCCCACCCCCCGUAUCAGGCCCCCCACGCCCUGGUUUUAGCCGCCCUCCCGAACCUUGUGUGCAGUGAUGGUUGGGGUCAGGGUCAAAGCCAACCGCUACACCCCACACCAUGGGAGUCUCACUCAACGUACCCAGCCAGGGUCAUGCGGGCCUUCCCACCAGCGCGGGACACACGCUAGAGUGCGAGCGAGGGCCUUCCCCCACCCCGUCUCUGGCCUGUAACCGUCGGGACUCAGGACAGCCCGGCCCGGGCGCUAAGAGCACGGUGAGGGACGCAGGAAGGGACUGCCGGGGGUCCUGGGACUGCUCCGGGGUCCCCCUCCCAGGUAGCCCGUCCAGCCGCAGGGCCCCAGAUAUCCGCGUCCCCUGGCCCCCCGGUGCCAGGGCACACGCACCAGCUACGGCAGCCACGUGGCCUCCUCCAAUGUCAUGCUGAGCGCCAGGCCCUGGCCCACCUGCGGGGGACAUGGCAGCCCUUGCAGCUGUCCCCAGAGUGGGGACCGGAGUGUCCGUCCCCGCGCGGCCCAGCUCGGACGGCGCGUCGGAAGGCCAUGUGACGGCGUCUCUCAAACAGUGAGCAGCGCCCACGGCAGGAGUCCCGCACCCGGUCACUGGCAAGGAUGACCCCGCGGCCAGUCCGUGGCCUAAAUGUCCGUGCACGGGGACGGCUGGAGAGACCGUGGCGCGCGCACACUGGGGACGCCAGCCGCGGGCAGAGAGGUGAGCCGCACACUCACACCCACGUCCCGACACGAAGGCCCUGACCCGCAGCCGGGGGACACAGUGCGGGUAAAGGGUGUGAAGGGCCGGCUGCGGGGGGCGGGUCCUCGCCCCAGACGUGCCCUGCCUGGGUCUGUCACCAGACGCUUGGCCACGGCCAGAGGGAGGCUGCCGGGCAGAGGGGCCGCAGGGGAGGCGGAGGGACUGAGUUUUGGUGUGGCACUGAGCGUUCUGUAGGGGACCCUGCGGGAAUGCUGGGUCUGAAUAAAGUCCAAGCACAGAGAAAGGGUGAGCUAAGGCACGGUCGCUGCUCAGUCCCGCGGGCAGAAAUCGGGGCGCAGAGACUGAGAGCGGGGCCCCAGGAACCACCCCGUGGGACAGCCAGCUCGACAAAGGACACCCCGGCUGACUCGGAGAAGCCUGCCCACCAGGGUCAAGCCUCCGACGCCCAACGAGUGCCGCUCGUCACCUCUGAACCGUGGUGUGUGCCCCGGGCUGGGGUCCUCAGCUUGCGCAACCGGGUUGGUGCGUGCGAGUGCAUCUACGCAGGCACGGAUGCGCGGGGCGGGGGGUGCGGGCGCAGCCUGAGUGUGUGCCCGGCAUGGGUGCAUGCAUGGAACACACGUCGUAGGUACACACAGGUGUGUGUGCUUAGAUACGUGUGUGCAAGUGUGUAGAACGGCCUUCGGCUUCCCAGAGCCAGCGCAGCGAUGUGCGAACUCAGGGCCCCGUCUGGCGGCCACGGCGCCUUCCCAUCUCCCCCACCUUUCCUGCAGGGCCAGGCGGACAUGCGCAGGGGCUGGUGGGAGCUGGGUGCGGCCGUGCUGGGCAGGGAUGUCCUCCAGCGUCCGUCCCGGAGCGUCCAGCCUCAGCCGAGGGGGAGGGGACCAUCAGGCCCCCUGUGACAUGAGGAGGUACAGGCCUCCGUCUCUCUGUGAGACUGUGCCUUGGUGCCUGGACGAGGAUGCGGCCAGGCCUGAGGCACCCCCACCCCGGCCUGUGUCACCCCUGGGCUCAGAACUGGGAAGCCCAGCGGGACCGGUGCUGUUCCCAGGGGCAGGAAAAGGGACGGACAGAGGCUGCCAUCAGGGCCUGAUGAGAGGUUCAAACAGCCCCCAAGGUGGGAGGGGCGGGGUGCCCACCGAAGUGGGUGCCAGAGGGCCGCCGCACUCUCUAGGGCAGGGGCGGGAGGUGGCGAGCUGGCCCUCUCUGGACUCACCCACAGACGUGGGCUAUGCAGCCCGAGGGCCGCUGGCUCAGAGGGGCCAGGAUGCGUGGAAGCUGCCGGAACAUGGUCCCCUACAUGUUCCACAGAUGUCCACAGAUGUCCAGGGGCCCUGGAAGGUGGGAAGGCAGCCUGGGGUGGCGCCCACCCCCGGGCCGAGCUCAGAGCGCAGACACAGCUCCCCGGCACGGGCUCCCCACAGCUCUGUGCCCUUCCCUUCCUUGCCAGGGGGAAAGCGAGCCCCGCGCGGCUCCAGUAAGGAAGGGCAGAGCGCCGCAGGGCCCUGGGGCGGCCCGGGCGUUCCCACGACGUGCGCAGAAGGCUCCGCACGGCUGGUCAGAGCAGAGCUCCGUGUCCCUGUGUACGGGCUGCAGGUUAAGGCACCAGCCGCUCUCUGACCCGCAUUGGGCCAGGGUGUCCCAGGGGUUCCAAAACCAGUGCAGGUGGGAGUCCAGGGGAGGGCCCAGUGGGCCGGUGCUCCCGCCACCAGGGGACCUGGAGCCGCCCCUGCUCACUGUCCUGGAGCGGCGGCCCGCGAGGCGGUCCCACGGCGCUGGGUCAGCAGAGCUCCCCAGAGGCCAACCCGCCGCCGACUGCCCUGGCUUUUGCUUGCCCCCCCGACCGCCCCGCCCUGCCCCGCCACCACCUUGGCUACUUCUGCUGCAGGAGGGGGAUGGACUGAUUCCGGGAGCUUCUGAGGGCCGGACCCUGGAACCAAGAUCCUUUCAAAGAGCAGGAAAACCUUGGCCCACGGGUGGGGCUUUCCUUCUGGUUCCAAAGUCCUGACGGCCAGGCCAGACCCAGGACUUGUUUGGACCUUCAAAGGGACCCGGAGCUGCCCUGAGUGGUCAGCAGCCGCCACUGCUCUCGGCCUCUCAGUCCAUGUACGGGAAGUCUUGGCUGUAGGACGGACACAACCCAGCAAUGACCCCCUGGGUCGUUAGGGACACAUCUGAGGGGUCAGAGUGAGUCAGGAUGCUGACUGGCAGUGACCCUCAGGUGCCCACCCCCAGCUGUCCCCCUGGGGCCUCUCUGCUGGCCGACCUCGACCAUCAGCUCCCGACCCUCGCACAGCCGACACCCCCAGACUUAUGCCCUUUAGACCACUGGUGGCCGUAGGCUGAGCCCCGGCCUUGCCCCUAAGUGGGCUCCUUAGAACAGUCUGGCUAAGCCUCAGGAGGCGACCGGAAGGACGGGGGUCUAUGCGACCAGAGCCACCACAUCUCUCACCCCAACCUCCUUGGAUCAGGCAGGGGCGGGGCAGGCAGGGGUAGGCCCCGUCCCACUCAAGGGCUUACGGGACCCGGGGCGUUCCUGAGGGACCAGGAGCCCUGCUUCAAACGGCGGGUCGCUGUGUUUUCACCGGGGGGGUUUCCAGCUCAACGGCAAGUGUCCUGUGGCAGCCAGAGGCGGUGAGCCAGGCUGCAAACAGGCCCUUCCUCUCCGGGCCACGGCGGGAGACAGAGGCAGCGGCGGA